AUGUCAAUCAACGGCACGUACGGCUCUCGUGGUAAAAGUCCAAGUCUGCAGCUGGCAGUCCAGAUAUCUCCUCCGGGCAAUCUCAUAGACUUGGACUCGACGCUGGGACCAAGUCUUCUGACUGGGACCUUCUCUUACGAUUCUACCAAUGGCUGGGAUAUAGAAGCCGAAGUGGCGGACCUUAGUCUCGCUCAUAUCUGGCAGUUCUUCGACUCAUCCCAGCAGACGGCUUUGGUUAAAGUAAUGGGUUCAAUCAUAAAAGCCACAGAGCUGCAAAUCAAGGGAGAUGUAGAGAUUGGCCUAGGGAACGACGAAUCACGGCCUCCUCGCUUGCUGUUCAAGUAUAAUUACUCCUUGGACGGUCGGUGGAAUAUGGGGCUGAGUUUCGAGGAGACUGUCAGCCAAGACAUCACCAUUGAAAGCCUUCUGGGUACUUUGAGUCCUAAUGAUGGGUUACUGAAGAGCAUGAUUAAACAAGUCGGCGGACUUGUUCUCGUGAGAAAGGGCUCUUCAUCCAGACUGGCCAUUCAAGUCAGUCCAGAAAUGCAAGGCACCAACAAGAAGAUCAAUCUCCAGGCCGAAUUGCACAUCGAUCGAUUCGUUUUCACAUACUGCCAAUAUACUUCUACAGAUGAGAAGAGUGUAUUGAAGCGCUUUCUAUUGAUCUCUCUCAACCAGUUUGAGAUACCCAUGCCGAACAUACCCGUUCUCAAGCAGUUCAAGAGCCCUUUCGACAGCCUUUACAUUCUGUGGACGGAUAGUGAUGUGAAGCAGAGCGAUCUGGCAGCAUUAAAUCCGUCGCUCGCGGUAGCGAUGGCAACUGGCAAUGCCAUGAGUGGUGAAGACGAGGAAGUCUUCACGGCAGGUUUUCACACAGGUAUCAUGUCAGAUGGAAGGGUCCUUCUGAAUCACACCUUUGGUCAGCAGACUAGCGGAAAGACCGCACCCAAUGCCCAAGACAAUGCCUGGUUUGACCCUGCAGUAUUCCCUACUGGGAGGAAGGUCGACACAACUUCUAAUACAUCGACUGUAAAGUUCCAGAAGCGGCUCGGGCCCUUGACCAUUUCCAACAUUGGGCUGAAGUUCGAAAGUGGAAACAUAGUCGUCAUACUUGAUGCAACGCUCAAAGUCGGACCAGUUGAGAUGCAGAUCAUGGACUUUGGACUCGGGCUCAAGCUCUCUGAUCUUUCCAACGAUACUUUCACCUUCAUCCCCUCCCUUUCUGGGUUUGGGCUGGCAAUCAACUCCCCCCCACUUGAUCUUGCCGGCGCAUUGAUCAAGCGCGAGGAAUUUUACAUGGGCGGAGUGAUGGCGGCCUUCAAGCCAUAUAUCUUCCAAGCGAUUGGCGCAUACGGGACCGUUAAGGCAGAAAAUGGUGAAAAGAUCAAGACUGCCUUCGUGAUUCUGGCUUUGGGUGGGCCAUUGCUGAACAUCAAUGGGAUCCAGAUAUCAGACGUGACCGCGGGUUUUGGAUACAACUCCGACAUCAGGUUUCCAGAUCCUUCUUCAGUGUAUCGCUUUCCACUCAUCGCAAUGGGCCAACCGCCGGCGCCACUUGAUCCUCUGCAGAUAUUUACUGAACUUGCAGAAACAACGUGGAUCACACCCGUUACAGACUCGUUCUGGGUGGGCGCUGGGGUCAGAGGAUCUGCAUUCAAUAUGCUCGAUGCCAAGAUCGCAGCUGUCUUCAAGAUCCAAAAUGGGGCUCUCUCACACAUCGGAAUCUUUGCCAACUGUAGAGCGCAGAUGCCUCAGAGCGGUGCCCCGAAGCUCUUCGCUUCCGUCGAGCUUGGUAUCACCGCGGUAUUUGAUCUGGUCAAUGGAACACUGCUAAUCUCGGGAUCUCUUUCACCCACUUCAUAUGUGAUCGACUCCUCGUGUCGUCUUACUGGAGGAUUUGCUGCCGGUACUUGGUUUGGUCCCUCGCCUUAUGCAGGGGACUGGGUAUUUGCCUUGGGAGGGUACCAUCCCAAGUACACGCCGACCGCGUAUUAUCCUCAGGAGAUCCCACGGAUUGGCAUCUCGUGGCAAGUUUCGGAUCGAAUAUUCGUCAAGGCUGGUGCAUAUUUUGCCAUCACGACAAAGGCGUGUAUGGGAGGGGCUUCAAUGCUCGCAACAUGUGAUGUCUCAGGCCUUCACGCCUCGUUCUCGGCUCUGAUCGACUUUCUCAUGAACUUCGACCCUUUCCAUUAUGUCUUAGAGGUUUCUAUCAACAUCAGCGUCUCAUGGAGCUGCUAUGUCCUCUUCAUCUGGGUGAGUUUCGGCUUCGAUAUUUCGGCCAGCUUGUACAUGUGCGGGCCUCCAGUGUAUGGCAUCUUCACCAUCAAGGUCCCCAUAAAGAACGUGACUGUGAUGUUUGGCGACAGUAAUGGACAAAAUGCACCUGAUAAGGUUUGUCUGGAUACGUUUCGCAGUAUGCUUCAGCAAAAUGGGCAAGGCAACAAGGAGGAAUUGAAGAUAUCGUGCGGAUCAGGGUUGUCCUCAAAGGACGACACCACAGGUCACUGGACUGUGAGAGCCGGGACCUUUGCAUUUGACGUGCGGUCAAACAUGGCAAGCACACUGGCUUACUUGAAUGGCACCGCUGUGGGAGCUGCUAAUAAAGUCUAUGCUAAAACCAUGCAAUUGACAGAGAGUAGCAAUGGACUAAAGAUCGAUCUCAUAAUCACUGUCACAGACAUAAGCAGUGAUGAUCAAUAUCGAUCAGAUGUCAUAUCGGGAAACCUUCCCGCAGCAUUGUGGUCACCGUAUGACUCGAGCAGAGAUCCCAGUGUUUCCAAUGCGGACAAGUCUGCUCUCCUCGAUGGCUCAGCAUCGACAAUCUCGUCUAAAUAUGGGUUGAGUGUCCGUACACCAAGACCUCAUCUCUCCAGAGAUGAGAUUAAGCCUUUCAAGAUACGCAACGUAAUCUUUCCCAUCACACUCGAGACCGGAGCUUUAUCUGCUCCAGUUCCUUCCUGCCCAGUUCAAGAUGGAUCAUGGGAAGGGAAAGAAACGGCAGGAGAAACGAUUACACAAAAGAGGAAGAAUGUCCAAGGCAUUUGGAAAGAUGCAAAUAUGAGGUGCAAAGGGUUUGCGGAUGUGUGGGUUGAAGCCAUGGAUUGGGCAGAGUUCACGGCGGUAACGCAGACUCCGAACCGAUUAAUUGGUGGGUUUGAUAUGUUGGUACGAGGAACACCGCUUAUCAGUUGCGGGUAG